CUGGAUUGUGGAGAGGUGCCCUAGCAGAGGGAUGCCUGCCACAGCCCAGGCACGCCACAGAGGGUCGGAGCUCAGUGUAUGCAUGGGUUUGCCUGUCUUCAGAAAAGAAUAGCAGAAGGAUUUAUCGGGAGCCAUCAUGGGCUCUGUGAAUUCCAGAGGUCACAAGGCAGAGGCCCAGGUGGUAAUGAUGGGCCUUGACUCUGCUGGCAAGACCACAAUCCUGUACAAACUGAAAGGAAACCAGCAGGUGGAUACCCUACCCACUGUUGGUUUUAAUGUAGAGCCUCUUGAGGCUCCUGGACAUGUGUCACUGACUCUCUGGGACAUUGGGGGACAGACUCAGCUCAGGGCUACCUGGAAGGACUACCUGGAAGGCAUUGACCUCCUUGUGUACGUGCUGGACAGCACAGAUGAAGCCCGUUUGCCUGAGGCGGUGGCUGAGCUCAAGGAAGUCCUGGAAGACCCCAACAUGGCCAGCGUCCCUUUCUUGGUACUGGCCAACAAGCAGGAGGCUCCUGAUGCUCUACCGUUACUUGAAAUCAGAAACAGGCUGGGCCUGGAAAGGUUCCAAGACCAUUGCUGGGAGCUGCGGGCUUGCAGUGCGCUCACAGGUCAGGGGCUGCAGGAAGCCCUGCAGAGCCUGCUGCAUUUGCUGAAGUCCUGA